AUAUAUAAUUACAGGAUGCAGAUAUUAUAGUUACUCAUUUUUUACACCAUGGAGAGGUAGGUAGUAGGAUGUUAGCUACUGUGCGUUAUCACAGUGGUCCAAUCAAUAAUAGAAAACAAGUCAUCACUCAGUUAUACGACAUCUCGACCCCAGUCUAUAUAUAUACACACACAUGUGUGUGUAGUGUGUGUUAUGAUUCUUUCGAAUAUAUUUUGUGUGUGCAUAGUUUUUUGUGAGAAGGGAAUAAAAUUAAGAUGGAGAAUUCGAGAAGAAUUAGUAGCGAGCAGCUACUAUUACAAUUACACGAACCCAUGUUAACUAUGAAAUCAUCCCCAAUAAGUUCAGAACUAGAAGACACCUUAUCAAACCCUGAUAUUCCCUUCUUCCAAAGACUCAAAUCAGCCACAUCUAUCGAACUCAACACCCUCUUCCGCUUAGCCGGUCCCACCGUCGUCGUCUACUUACUCAACAACGUCACUUCCAUGUCCACCCAGAUCUUCUGUGGCCACCUCGGCAAUCUCCAACUCGCCGCUGCUUCCCUCGGCAACACUGGUAUCCAAGUCUUCGCCUACGGUCUCAUGCUUGGAAUGGGAAGUGCAGUUGAAACGCUUUGCGGACAAGCUUACGGAGCCCAUAAGUACGGAAUGCUUGGGAUAUAUCUACAACGCUCGACAAUCCUACUCAUGGCGACUGGGAUUCCACUCACAAUCAUCUACGCGUUCUCAAAGCCCAUCUUGCUUGGGUUGGGAGAAUCGGAGGAAAUAGCGUCGGCUGCAGCGUUGUUCGUGUACGGAUUGAUCCCACAAAUCUUCGCUUACGCAGCGAAUUUCCCAAUACAAAAGUUCCUUCAAGCUCAGAGCAUCGUGUUUCCGAGCGCGUACAUCAGCGCUGGGACGCUGGUGGUUCACUUGGUGCUGAGUUGGGUGUUGAUUUACAAGCUUGGGUGGGGUCUAAUUGGGGCUUCUCUUAUGCUUAGUUUUUCGUGGUGGAUAGUAGUUGUGGCCCAGUUUGUUUACAUUUUGAUGAGUGACAAGUGUAAGCUUACGUGGAAUGGGUUCAGUUUGGAGGCCUUUAGUGGGCUUUGGGAGUUUUUUAAACUAUCUAUUGCGUCUGCGGUCAUGCUCUGCCUUGAGAGUUGGUAUUAUCAGAUUUUGGUUUUGAUUGCUGGCUUGCUUAAAAACGCUGAGAUUGCCUUGGACUCUCUCUCUGUUUGCAUGACAAUAUCUGGGUGGGUGUUUAUGAUUGCAGUGGGUUUCAAUGCGGCUGCUAGUGUACGAGUGGGGAAUGAAAUAGGAGCAGGUCAUCCAAAAUCAGCAUCAUUCGCAGUGGUGAUAGUAACAUUAAGCUCAUUUCUCAUCUCAUUAGUGUUUGCCAUCCUUGUGCUUGUAUUGCGCCACGUCAUCAGUUACGCAUUCACCGAUGGUGUCACUGUCGCUAAUGCUGUCUCAGACCUUACUCCUUUUUUGGCUGUCUCUAUUAUCCUCAAUGGCAUUCAACCUGUCUUAUCCGGUGUGGCUGUUGGGUGCGGAUGGCAAGCUUUCGUGGCGUAUGUAAACGUGGGUUGUUACUAUAUUAUUGGUAUUCCUUUGGGUGCACUUCUUGGCUUCACAUUCAAUCUCGGAGCUAAGGGAAUUUGGACAGGGAUGAUAUGCGGCACUCUUAUACAGACUAUUAUAUUAUUAUGGGUAACAUUUCGGACUGACUGGAAUAAAGAGGUUGAAAAGGCGAAAACUCGUUUGGAUAAGUGGAGUGAUCAGUAAUUAGGUGAAGGAUGAGCCAUAUAAAUUGGAUUAAAUCAUAACAAUUUUUCUGAAAUUUGUAACAAAAAAAAAAUCUAUAUAGACGUCGGUUGAUCUGUAUAAUUAAUAUUCAGAUCUUAUUUUUCUAUAUGCAUGGGAGUAUCAUUGGAGA